AUUUUUAUGGCUUCAAAAAAGUUGUCAUUUGACCAAAUUGAAAUUGAUGGGUCAAUGUGGAGUCAACAACCAUGAACCAUUUGUUUACUCAUUGAGUAGUAUAGUACAUACUAUACCAAAAGCAUGAAAUAAUAGCUUGGAAAUUACGCCAAAUGCAGAACGCUUACUGGUUGCAGUAAUAUUGUUUCUUGAUAUUUUUAUAUGUUCUACGAAAUUUGAAAGCUUAGAAAGAUGCAAAAUCAUGAAUAUUGAAGUGGGUAUUACAAUUUAACUGCUUUUUUCAAAUUCAAUGAUCUUUUCUUUUUCCUUCUAAAUUAUUACUGUAUUUUCUGGGCGAUUAGAAUUUUGUAACUAUAAAAAGAAAGUGGGAUUUUUUUUUUUUUUUCCUUCUUAUUUGUUGGUUUGAAGAUUGAAGCCCUAAAUUCUGAAGAAAGUCUCCAGAAGUCAAAGAAACCUCAUCAGAAUGGAGGAUCCAACAAUUACAAAAGAACUGGACAAUGAAGACAAGGCAUUGAAGAGUCUGCUUGAUACUUUUGGUUCUGCAUUUUCUCUUGAGGAGAUUGCUUCUGCUUUUUGCAAGGCAGGCCGAGAUGCUACCUUAGUUGGUGAUAUAUUGUGUGGGAUGCAGACAGGUCCAUCUGCCGAUGCAACCCAUGAAUCAAAUGGAUUGAUUAAUGGUGAAAUUUCUUCAGAAACUCCUAAUUAUAAUAACUAUGACAAGUCACAUGAUGCUAAUAGGAGCAGCUCUCAAGCGUCGAAGUUGAAAAGAAAUCCUACCUCGGUGGGUACAAAUUCUAGUUUUUCUGGGAAAGAAUAUGUUUGGCGCGUUGUUGGAUCAAAUAGAAGUCCUAAUGCAACAAAGCCUGUGAAAGUAGAGAUGCGUUCAGUGGCUCCUGUUUCACAUGCUAGUGGGAAAAAUUGUGUUUGGCGCAUUGCCGGAUCAAAUGGAGCUCUCAAUGGGACAGAGCUUUUGAAACUAGAGGCAAAUGAUUUCUCAGUGCCUGUCAAUACUUCUGAAGAACCCUUGCUUUCAAGGGAUGCUAAUUUGAUUUCUUCUGAUAGAUCCUCAUCAGCAAGCGAUGUCAGUUCAAAUGAUGACAUUGAGAAUUUUCUGUUUGAAAUGCUUGGACAUGGAUCUCAACUGGAAAGAAGUGCUAUUCGAGAAGUCUUAGGUCAUUGUGGAUAUGACAUGAAGAAGAGCAUGGAGACAUUGCUAGCUCUUAUGGCUGAAAAUAUUGACAAAAGGAAUCAAUGCGAGGAAAUUAAUCUGCAGACGAACUCCAAGGGUCUUUCAUUUGAAAAUCAAGUGCAAAAGCAAAGUAAUGAGAGUAGGACCAUGAGAACCAAUUUAAUCCCAUCAAGGAUAUCCAGUGAUAGUUGUGAGCAAGCAGACUUGAUUGUGAGUGCUCCUGUUCUGAAAAAUGCUACAAGAUCUUGGGCAACCAGAGAAAUUGUGACUGAGCCUUUGAAUGAUGUUGCUGAGGAUUGUGAGGUUAAGGCCACAAGUCUUCACUUUAACAAUGUGAAAGAUGAUGCCAAAGAGGGUAGCUAUUAUAUCCUUCGCAAAGCUGUAAAAGAGCAUCGUGAAACAAUGAAGCAGUAUUAUGAAGCUGCUACAGAAGCGUUUGCAAAGGGUGAUCGUGGACGGGCGACAUUACUGCUGGAAAAGGGACAAUUCUUUUACAAUAAGGCUCGUGAAGCUGACGAAGAAUCUGCUUCAAAAAUUUUUGAAACCAGUGAUGGUAGUGGGGAUGGCGAGAUGCGAGAAGAAAUGUCUCUUGACUUGCAAGAUCACGAUGCUAAAGAAGCAAUACGUCUUGUGAAAAUUCACCUUCGUACACUCUCUGGAAUUCCUAUGGUUAGGGAUCUGAAAAUUAUUAUUGGAACUGGUGAUCAAGAUGCUGAAAAGCGCAAGCGAUUGAUUUCAAAGCUAUUGCAGAGGGAAGCCAUUAGAUGGAUUGAAGAUGAGACUUCUAGUGCAAUCUUGAUACGCUUAGAUGAAAUCAACCCUAAAAGCCUUAGCUUUGGUCGAAAAUAAUACGUGAAUAUUGUACACACGGGUUUUGCUUCAUAUUGAAUUCAUCCAAAGACCAUUUGUGCUUAUAUCUUGUUGUUCAUGAAGAACCCAAUAUAUGGUCAUCGUUCAUCUUGAAGGCUAUUUUCAUGGUUGUUGGUUCUUAAGGUAUUUAUUGUAAAGAAUGUAAACUAAUCAAUAUUUUAAAAGUUAUCUAUGAAAGGAAAGAAAUUACAAUUUCAAGUUUUUAGAGCUAAAUAACUAAUUGAAUGAAAGUCAAAAGAUAUCUACUAUAAAGAUGUGAGACCAGCAUAAUUAUGCA